UUGAUGAUCACAAAUGUUAGCUGUGGGGCAGAUGGAUACUAAUCGCCAGAGUGCAUUUGUUCUGAGCAGUACACCGCUGGCUGCUCUGCAUAACAUGGCUGAAAUGAAGACGUCUCUAUUCCCCUACACCCUGCAGAAUCCCUCCAGCUUCAAAGCACCAGGUCUGGGCGGACUGAACACACAGAUCCCCUUAGGGACGCCGCACGGAAUAAGCGACAUCCUGGGGAGACCUGUUGGAACCACCAGCAAUCUCCUCACCGGGCUGCCCCGGAUUAAUGGACUGGCUACCUCAGCAGGGAUGUAUUUUAACCCCGCAGCUGUGUCCAGGUACCCAAAGCCCUUGGCAGAGCUGCCUGGGCGACCUCCCAUUUUCUGGCCGGGAGUUAUGCAGGGAUCUCCCUGGAGAGAUCCAAGAAUCGCCUGUCCUGCCCAGACUGGAAUGGUUCUGGACAAAGAUGGAAAGAAGAAACACUCAAGACCAACUUUCUCAGGGCAGCAGAUUUUUGCUUUGGAGAAAACGUUUGAACAAACUAAAUACUUGGCAGGACCCGAGAGAGCUCGUCUGGCCUAUUCGUUAGGAAUGACAGAAAGUCAAGUUAAGGUGUGGUUCCAGAACAGAAGGACGAAAUGGAGAAAGAGGCACGCAGCAGAAAUGGCCUCAGCUAAGAAAAAACACGAUUCAGAGACGGAGAAGCUGAAGGAGAGCUCAGAUAAUGAGGACGAUGAUGAAUACAAUAAACCUCUGGACCCCAACUCAGACGAUGAAAAAAUCACGAGGUUAUUGAAAAAGCACAAAUCCACAAAUUUAGCCCUCAUCAGCCCCUGCAGUAACAACUCGGAUACUUUGUGAUAAAGGGCCAGAGCCCUUAGCCAACAAGACUGACUGCUCCCUAAGGCGCUUUAUAAAAGCUGAAAUAACCAGGGUAUAAACAUUAUAAAGAAGAAUUGUAACUGGAUGUUUAAAAGUGAUGUGUUGUACAGCCUAAGAUGUAUGUGAAAUGUAUAUAUUUUUUACAGAAUAAGUUAUGAAAUUAU